AUGGACAACUUCACCUCCCACACACAUUUCAUUCUCAACGGCUUCAGUGAACUCGGUGGGCUGAGGCCCGUCCUGUUCAUCCCGUUCUCCAUCAUGUUCAUUGUGUCGCUGUCAGUCAACUCCCUGCUCCUGUAUGUGGUCAUUUCACAGAGAAGCCUCCACUCUCCGAUGUACAUUCUCAUCGCCAGCAUGGCGUGCGUGGACCUGAGCCUCCCAAUGUUUUUCGUCCCCAACAUGUUGCUGAGCUUCUUGUUUGACUGGAGGGAAAUCUCUCUGAGUGGCUGUCUGAUUCAGAUGCACUUCAUCCACUUUGUUGGAACUUUCCAGUCCACAUUUCUCUUAUGGAUGGCGCUGGACCGCUACUUCGCCAUCUGUAAACCACUUUACUACCAUGAAUGCAUGGCUUUACCAAGAUUUCUGAAGUUUGUGAUUCCACUUGUGGUCAGAAACUUCCUCAUGAUCACAGCGUUUGUGAGUUUAGCAGGAACACUGUCAUUCUGCGCUUCAAAUGUGAUAAACCACUGUUUCUGUGAGCACAUGGCCUUGGUGGAGCUGGCCUGUGGAAGCACUGCAAUCAAUAACAUAGUGGGGCUGUUGACUUUGUUCCUCAUCCCUGUAGCUGACGUCUUGUUCAUUACUGCCUCUUAUGUGGUGAUAUUCUGGUCCGUGCUGAAUUCUGGCAAAUCGAGCGUCAAAGCACUUGAUACUUGCAUCACCCACAUUGUGGUCAUGAUCCUCAGCCUGACUGUGGCACUCAUUGCUUUCCUCUCAUAUCGCAUCAGGAACAAUCUUCCUGUUGCCAUUCGGGUUUUUUUCAGCACCAUGUACCUGCUGUUUCCGAGCUGUUUGAACCCGAUCAUCUAUGGCAUCAGAACCACAGAGAUACGAAAGCACGUCCUGAAGACACUGACCUGCUGA